AUGUCGGAAUCACCUCCCCCACCACCCCAAUGGAAUAUCUCAACCAUGGCCGGCAACGCUAUGCAGUUUCUGCGUCUCCCGAUGCUGGCGUCAUCGGGGCUAGCAGUUAUUGCAAGCAGUUUACUGUAUUUUAAACAAAAUGAAAUAAUCUAUCCUCGAACUGUACCAGUCGAUUCCCGUACAAAUGUUCCAAAGGCAUCGUCCUUCGGUAUAUCAGACUAUGAAGACCUUCAGAUCCCGACUCCUGACGGCGAGUCCCUGAAUGCUCUGUUUAUCCGCCCGUCGAAUAAGGACACCGCCCGGGACGUCACCAUCCUAAUGUUUCAUGGAAAUGCUGGCAAUAUCGGCCAUCGAAUACCAAUAGCAAAAGUAUUGACGAAGGCGCUGAGAUGCAAUGUGUUCAUGCUUGAGUAUCGUGGAUACGGGCUGUCAACGGGGACGCCUGACGAAAGGGGACUGAAUAUCGAUUCUCAAACAGCUCUCGAUUACAUACGAAACCGAGCAGAGACAAGAGACACAAAGAUAAUAGUCUACGGACAGAGUCUUGGCGGUGCGGUCGCGGUCAACCUCGUGGCCAGAAACUUAGAAAAGGAUGUUAUCUCAGGUCUCAUCCUCGAGAACACGUUUCUAUGCAUUCGUAAACUUAUCCCAUCGGUCUUCCCUCCUGCUCGUUAUCUUGCACGCUUGUGUCACCAGUAUUGGAGCAGCGAAGAUGUGCUUCCGAAAAUACAGAAUAUCCCCAUUCUAUUCCUGAGUGGUUUGAAAGAUGAAAUGAUUCCUCCGUCGCAUAUGUCGCAACUGUUCGAAUUAUGCAAAGCCGAAACGAAAGUCUGGCGUGAGCUCCCCAAUGGUGGUCACAAUGACAGUGUCGCAGAGCCUAACUAUUUCGAUUAUAUCCGGGCAUUCGUUGUAGACUAUGUAAUCGACUAA